AAAAAAAUUUAGUUCACCUGUGUGUGUGUGUGUGCGUAUGUGUCAUUUCAGAUAUCGAACAAAUGGGAAGUUAGUGUAAUGUAAGCGUAUCCAUGAACUGACUUGCCAUGAAAUUUGAAAGGAUCAACGAUGAUUUCUCCGAAGGAAAUUAAAGCUAAAAGAAACAAAGGGUAAAAAUUCAACCCAUAUUAUUAUGACGUUAAUAUUCCAGUUAAAUAUACUGUAAACAAAUCCAAAAGGGAAGAAGAAAAAUAAAGAAUACUGCAACAACAACGAGAACGACAACUACACAACAAAGAGAAAUACUCAAUAUAAGGAAUAAUUGGGUUUGUAUAUGGGAGGGUGUAAUAGUAAAAUGGAAGUAAAAUUCAAAUAAAGAACAUACAUACCAGCGAACGCACGCAUAUGCUCAUUUGUACGGCAGCAGUUUAUUUGAAAGUCUAUAAAAAAGGAACAAUCAAACUUUUCAUAUUUGUAUACGUAACGUCUGUUCUCCGUUAACCGUUUACUUAGGCAGUAGAAAAAUGUUUAGCUUAACAGUGUUUGCUUUACUGAGUAGCAGUUAUCUAAUCAGCUGCACUCCAUUAAUACAAGCGGAAACUAGUGAUACAUACGUUGAAUCUGAACUCGAUGGUCCGAAUAUAUGUAAAAAGGUUGAGAAUUAUAACGUUGAUAUUAUUACCACCGAAUUGCAAAGCUAUCAGGUGCGUACUUCUACGUGGUGUCUGUCGGUACCACCCCGCUGUUCCGCCUAUAGUUUUAAGGAGCGAGUCGUUAAUAAAACACAAACCUUAACCAAAUCGCGCAUUGUUAAGGAUUGUUGCGAGGGAUACAAACGAGCCGGUAAUGCUUGCAUGCCCGAUUGCACGCCCAAGUGUCAGCACGGCGUUUGCCUGGCGCCCAAUAAAUGUAAAUGCGAUCAUAGCUACGGAGGACCUGCUUGUGACAUAAACUGCCCACCUGGUUAUUGGGGUAGCAAAUGUGAAAUGAAAUGCGACUGUCAUAAUAAGGCCACAUGCGAGCCGCAUACCGGCAAAUGUGAGUGUGCCAAAGGAUAUACAAGCGAGAAAUGUGAAAAUAUUUGUAUGGAUGGUUUUUAUGGGGCUAGCUGCAAAGAAAUAUGUCGUUGUGAGAAUGGUGGUACUUGUCAUCAUGUAUCCGGCGAAUGUAUGUGUGCUCCAGGCUUUAGGGGACCAUUAUGUGAAGAUCAAUGUCCUGAUGGAAAACACGGAGUUCAGUGUGAGCAGGAUUGCCGUUGUCAAAAUGAUGGCAAAUGUGAUCCUCGAAGCGGCGAAUGUAUGUGUACACCAGGGUGGACGGGAGAAGUGUGUGCCAACAAAUGUCCUUUGGGCACUUAUGGUGCAAAUUGUGAAGAAAACUGUGAAUGUUUUAAAGGGGCACCAUGUAAUCACAUAACCGGCAAAUGUGAAUGCCCUCCUGGCUAUUUAGGUGAUCAUUGCUUUGAUCAAUGCCCCAGUAAUUUUUAUGGCGUCAAUUGCACUCACCAGUGCCAUUGUUUACAUGAAGCACCUUGCGACAAGGCGACUGGCAGUUGUUAUUGUCUAUCCGGUUGGACGGGUGUGGACUGCGGUACACGAAUAUGUACAGAAGAUAAGUACGGAAAUUAUUGUAAUCAAACUUGUGAAUGUGCCAUGGAGAAUACUGAAUUAUGCCACCCAGGUAGUGGUCGGUGCUUUUGCAAAACCGGCUGGAGUGGCAUUUUGUGCCAUAGACCGUGUCCGUUUUUAAAAUUUGGACCAAAUUGCGAGAACAAUUGCAAUUGUAAGAAUGGUGCUAAAUGUAACCCAGUGAAUGGCACCUGCAUUUGUGCUCCUGGCUACCAUAAUGACACCUGUGAAAACACUUGCGAAAAUGGUUCCUACGGGCAGGACUGUGCUCAGAAAUGCGAUUGUCAGAAUGGUGCUUACUGCGCUCCUGAAACAGGCCAAUGCGUUUGUACACCCGGUUGGAAGAACACUAGGUGUGAUCGGCCAUGCGAUCCCAAUACCUUUGGACAGGAUUGUAAGGAUACUUGCAAUUGUCAGAAUAAUGCUUCCUGUAAUCCUACAGAUGGUGCCUGUACCUGCGCUGCUGGUUAUACAGGUUCGCAAUGCGAACGCAAAUGUGAUUUUGGCACAUUCGGGUUGGAUUGCGCACAACAGUGUGAAUGUGAUUUCAAUAAUACCAUUGCAUGUGAUAGUACUCAUGGCAGAUGUAUUUGUAAACAGGGCUGGGGAGGCGUUCAUUGUGAAACAAAUUGUCCAGCUGGUUAUUAUGGUGAAAAUUGCGAUCAAGUUUGCAGAUGUAAAAAUAAUUCUUCUUGUGACCCUGAUACGGGCCAUUGCAUCUGUUCGCCUGGAUGGUCCGGUGAAGAUUGCUCAAAACCUUGCGAUGAGGGCUCCUAUGGUAUGGGUUGUAAGGAGAAAUGUCCUGUUAUCAUCCAUGGCAACAAAAGCUGUCAUCAUAUUACUGGUGAAAUUAUAUGUCGUGACGGUUAUAUCGGCUUGACAUGUGAACAUCCUUGCCCAACUAGUUAUUACGGUUCCGGUUGUACCAAAAUAUGUAAUUGCGCAAAUAGCGGUGAGUGCAAUCACAUAACAGGUGCUUGCCAAUGCAUGCCAGGUUGGUAUGGUUUAAGUUGCAAUGCAUCAUGUGAAGAAGGUUAUUUUGGUACAAACUGUAUACAGAAAUGCCGUUGUCUACACGAAGCGAAAUGUCGUAAAAAUGAUGGCCAUUGUAUUUGCCAGCCUGGGUGGAUGGGUCAACGUUGUGAAGAAGUGUGUCCUGAUGGAUUUUAUGGACCACACUGCAUGCUACCCUGCUCAUGUCCAUCGCCCAAUUUCGUUUGUCAUGCUGCGCAAGGAUGUAUAUGUCGUGUUGGUUUCACUGGAGAAAAUUGUGAUGUUCCUACCGCUGAACAACGUAUACAAGAAGCUAAUUUGCACUCUGGCCGCGCAGGAUUAGCCUGGGGCUUAACUCUAGCCAUAUUAUUUGUGGCCGUUAUUAUAGCAGUAAUUUUCUAUUACCGGCGUCGAGUAUCCAAUUUAAAAACAGAAAUUGCUCACGUCCAGUAUACAAGCGAUCCUACGCGAGGUUGGCCAGAUCGCCAUAAUUUCGAUAAUCCCGUGUAUGGCCUGCCAAACGGGGACGAACAACAUUUGCUCAACAAUUUAAAACCAAAGAUCAACAAUCUUAACCGUAGUGGAAGUGAACUGUACACUGAUGAUUCAAAUGCCAGCAGCAACGGCAAAGCUGGCUUUUACUCAAUUAAUUAUAAUCAUGAUAUGAUAGCUAAAAAUUUAAACGCUGAUUUAACAAAUCCUAAUGUCUAUAAUUCACUGGAAGGUUUAAAAGAGGAACACGUAUACGAUGAGAUUAAGCACAAAGAGGGGCUUAAGGAUCCAGUCAAAAAUUAUAAAAAAAUUCUAUUUCCUGAUGAUGAAUACGAUCAUUUGGAUUAUUCUCGACCUAGUACUUCUCAAAAAGCUCAUUACCAUCGCAUGAACGACACGAUGCUUAAUAUUAAUCGAGAUGAAGAGAAAUUGAGUAAUUUGAAAACUAUGGAAGUUUUAUUAAAAAAAUGUGAAGUAGACAAGAAUGACGACACCGUUAAAGAUGUUGAUGAUAAUGAUGAUAAUAAUAAUAAGGAUAAUAAUAACGCUGCUUGUAGUCUGAGCAUAUGUGACAACAAUGUAUCCGCUGAUAGUAAGGAAAUCGUCACACAAUCUAGUGAGGUUAAUAACUGAAUAUUUUGAAUAUAUUUUCUGCAUUAUAUAUAUCUAUAUAUAUAUAUAUAUAUAGAUAUACAUAUAUAUAUACAUAUAGAGUUAAAGAUAGCGUUAGCGUAGUCGGUUUUUUCCGAUAUGUUAUUUUUUACAUAUGUGUGUGUUUGGAUACUGGCCAUUAUUUACGCACACACACGGACAUAAACAGAUAUACGGGAACACGGGCACACAACUGUGUAUAUACCAUAGGUAUAAGCUUUGCUUUUUAAAUAUCAAAUAUUAUGUCUUUAAAUAAAUACUUUAUAUAUAUUUC